UCACAUUUGAAAUUUCGGAUGUUAUCUGAAGGUCGCAGUUCUGAUAUAAAUGAUACUUUUUCAUACUCAAAAGACUCAUCAAACACGAGUGAAUAUAAUCCAGAAGCCGAUAACAGUAGCAGAAAUAAAGAUUUGCACAAUAAUGAAACACAAAUUAGCAGUGAAUCUAAUGGAUGUCUUGAUUCAAUGUAUUUACAUUCCAAACAAUAUAUGACAGGAAUAUGUGAUUAUUCCCAUGAACUAAUUGAUCUUGAUAAGAUAAAGCAUGAAAAGCUCUUUUCUGACACUAAGCUAAGUGAUAUAAAUACAAUCUAUGAUCACGCCGCAUCAAAACUUAAAGAAAAUUUGACUGUUCAUUAUCAGUCAGUUCAGGAAGAAAUCAUGUCAUCUGUUAAAAGUCUUUUUUCAGUCGAACUAAAACGUAUAAAAAGUGAUAUGAUUAAGCUUCAUGAACAAGUGAUCAGUUUAAGAGAUCUUGCACGUAAUCAUGAAGGUACAAUAGCGCGUAAAGAACAGAUUAUCUGUGAUUUAACGGAUAAUAUUAAUAAGUUAAAAAUUCAAAUGGAAAUAAAUCUGAAAAAGGAAAAUGCCAAAAGAAAGUCAUUUUGUGUCAAACUUGCUGAUCGUUAUUAUAAACAAAAUAUUUUAAAACAAGCAAUUAUUGGAUGGAAACAAUUCAUGGAAUACACUUGGAAACAAAGAAAUUUUCGACGACUUACUUUGGAAGCUCAGUCUGAAUGUAUCAAAAUUAAACAAGAAUUAAAUCAAAAAAUUCUUCAACUGGAGGCCGAGUUAAAAGUUAGUCAAAGUGAAUUAGAAUCAAUGAAAGCCAAACAAGCCGGUGAACAAGCUGCACUGAAAACAGCAUUAAUGCGUGGUGUCUGUGCAUUAAAUAUGGAAACAAUGGCUGUAUUCAAUGAAACUCUGCCAAAUUUGAAUAAAGAAUUUAUAAAUAAAAAGUUGACUGUUGAUUCGCAAAUUUUAAACAAAAAUUAUUGUACAGAUGAUCAUUUGGAAUUGGCUCAGUUGACAUCGAAGAAAUUAAACGGUUGUCAUUUAGAUAAAACGAUUCACAAUCAAUCAGAUGAGAUGAUUUUCAACAUACAAGCUGAUCAUAUUAUGCAAGCCACUCAUCAAAGUAGUGAGUAUACAAAAGUUUUAGCCUUAAUGCUGCAACAUACAAACGGCUAUCACACUGAGUUCUCUAAUCAGAACAGACAGAAUUCUAUGGAGGCAUGGCCAAGAGAUACAAUUCGUAAUGUUGAACCAUCUUAUAGUAAUGUGGUAAGAAAAGGCAACUGUGCAAAACCACUUAGUCAUUCCACGGAAAUUUGCGAACGUUGGUUAGGUCAUAGUGAUUACAGUGAGAACGAUCCAUUGAAUUUAUCUGGCUUACCGACAUAUAAGAUGCAUGAUCGUCAUUUACAUACAAUUCAAAGUUUACCAUACCAGGUUGAUGAGAAAAUAUCUAAUUCAGAUCCAAGUGAAUUAGAACAUGACAAUCAGAUGGAUAACAAAUGGUUACCAAACAAAGAUUUAGCUCCGAACAAAAAUUACGACACAUCUUUUCGAAUCAAUAUAAACUCUACGAAUUCUAAACAUGAAAAACCCGACCGCAGCUUGUAUGAUGGAAAAACUCAUACGACAGUUGAAAAUGCUAAAAAGAUGUUAAGUUCACGAAAUUCAUCAAAUCGUUUUUAUUCUACGGUGAAACAAAAUAAAUUAUCAUCAUAUCCAAGACCUCAAACUGUACAGCAUGGAAUACCUACUGGGAGCUAUCCAAAUGGUUCUACAGCUAUGGUUAAUAUCUUAGUUCACCGACAUCAAACCGGUAAUCAGAUAAAUUCAACAGAAAAUGUAAAUACUCAUAAGCAUACAACUAAUUCAACAGGAGUACACUAUUCACAUUGUCAACAUAAUCUUUCCUCAACACCACGUUUAUAUUCUGAUUCAUAUUCACAUAGACAUGUUUAAAUGUAACCUUUUUACUUCUUAUUUAUAUAAUUGAUGAAGGUAUAGUUAACUAAUAUAUUAAUGUAUUCUAUUAUCAUAUUUUCAUACGUUGCUAGAAUGAUCUAUAAAUAAACCUUAUUUAAACGUUGUAGUUAUUAUUAUGUAAGUUCACUUAUUUCUUUGAAAUAUACUCAUAUUUUUUGUAGUAGUGUGGUGCGUACUACUUAUAUUGAUAUAAGUAGUAUAUGACGCGAGUCAGAAAUGUAAUGUCUAGAAGAAGAAGAUGGGGAAAGAUCAAAAAAGCAAGAACGGGAAUAGAAUGCAAUUUGUAUAAAAAUUCAAGAACAAUGAAGUCUCAGGCAUUUUGAAACAAUUGGUGGACAUUUUGCAAAUUAACGAUUUGAUAUAUGGUUCUCAGAUUUUAUAGAGAUACUCUGUAAUUUUGUACAAAGUGUAUUCGGUUGUCCCCAUCCGUGUUCUUGUUCACUACAGUACGAGUUAUUUCAUUCAAAAUAAAUGAUUCUACCAUUUACAAUGGG